AAGUGCUACUGGCAUUUAAUAACUUGGGAUAAUAUUAUUGAUAUUUUGCGUGUACCUGCAACUUGUGUGAUGCUAUACGAGGCAAAGUAUGUGUUUUAAUUUACAUCAUUAUUGGACUAGCAACUUCACAACAAGAAAGUUUUGAAGGCUAUGACAUGACUGCGCCUGCUUUGCAAAAUGCGAUGGUCAACUGUUUUCAUUGGGAGUGUAAUCAUUGUGGUUGAAAGUUUAUGACUUGUGGAAAGAAUCGAAUAUGAACUUGGAAAAUGAUGACUCUUAGUAGUUAAAGAAAUAAAAUUAAAACAAUCCACAAAAAAUAAUUUAAGGUAUAGAAUCGUUCGCAUUAAAAGCCAUAGGCAGUGUAACAGAAGUGAUCGGCAAAUUAUGAAUGAUUUGGGGUUUUGCCAGCUGUUUUUGUGUGGUUAAGCUUGUCAAAACAUCAAGGUCGAACAGCUGUUCAACAUCGUAUUGGACCGAAAAUAUUUUUCCAUAUACCCGAUUUUUGUAAUGUUAAUUCUAGACGUCGGCAUGCUCGAUUAUAUGUCUUCGUUGUCAAAAUGUAAGUCCAGAUAUGGAUUGUCAAGAUACCUAACCAGGAUGUUUAAAACUUUCUUUUUGGACCAGCUGUAAAUACAAACUGAGAAGAUGGAUAUGAUGUUCGAAGCCUACUUGACACAGGAAGCAGGUCACUUGGAUCCAGAUGAUAUUCCACAUACGAAAGAUCCAGUUUGGGUACUUGGGAAAAAGUACAGGGCUAUUGAUGAUUUGGAGAUUAUACGCAAGGACAUUCGCUCUAAGUUCUGGUUCACGUAUCGGCGUGGUUUUGUACAGAUUGGGGAUACAGGGCUAACAUCAGAUAAAGGCUGGGGAUGCAUGCUUCGCUGUGGACAGAUGGUACUUGCUCAAGCCCUAGCUUGUCUUCAUCUGGGUCGAGACUGGUGUUGGGAUCCAGAGACAAGGAACACAGCAUAUCUUCAAAUUCUGCACAUGUUUGAAGAUCGCCGUACUGCAGCGUAUUCAAUCCAUCAGAUAGCGUUGAUGGGUGCGUCUGAAGGGAAGGAAGUGGGACAGUGGUUUGGACCAAAUACAGUUACACAAGUGCUGAAGAAACUAGCUAUAUAUGAUGAAUGGAGCUCAGUGGUGAUCCAUGUAGCACUUGACAAUACUGUUAUUGUAGAUGAAAUAAAGCAACUUUGCAAGUCUGCAAGUGCACACCAUGAACCCAGCUUGGUGCCCAGUGGCAAGGAGAGCUCUAAUCACCCAGUGGACAGGAGCUGGAAACCACUUGUUCUUGUUGUACCCCUCAGACUAGGACUUAGUGAAAUUAACCCAGUUUAUGUCCAGGGUCUGAAGACUUGUUUCACAUUCAGGCAGUCGCUGGGAGUGAUAGGUGGGAAACCAAACCAUGCUUUGUACUUCAUAGGUUGUGUCGGAGAUGAAGUGAUAUAUUUGGACCCUCAUACAACACAGCCUGCAGGUUUUGUGGAAGAGAAAGAACAGGAACAUGAGAAAGCCUUUGAUGGAUCCUACCACUGCCAGUAUGCCAGCAGGAUGCAUAUAUUGCAUAUGGACCCUUCUGUGGCUGCUUGUUUCUUUUGCAGUACUGAAGAUGAAUUUAAUCUGCUGUGCAAGCUCAUUGAAGAACGAUUGGUGCAUCCUGAGAGGCAGCCCUUGUUUGAGCUCUGUAAGGAGAGGCCUAGACAUUGGUCACCUCUAGAAGAUGGGGCAGAAGAAGCACUUGGUGCAACUGCUUGCAUGGCAUUUGAAGAUUUUGAACGACAAUUUGAUGAUUCAGAUGAAGGAUUUGAACUGCUGGGUUGAAUAUGGAUCAGAUCUUCGUCUAGUACAAGAGACCGUUUUAAUGAGCGAAACAAGCUUGCCUUCACGUUUUGAUCUUGAAAGUGAUAAAGUGUAACGUUUAUUGUAUGUGACGAUAGACCACAG